UUUCCUCCCCCGUCCGCUCCUUCCGUCUGCAACCUGCGCCGGGCUCGGGGAAUGGCCAGACUCACCGAGGGCGAGGCGAGGCGGCAGCCGCAGCUCCUGCAGCCCAGAGCCUCCCCCAUGAGCAGCAGCAGCAGCAGCUCGGACCCCCCCGCGCAGCCGGACAGCAUGAAGGACCUGGAUGCCAUCAAGCUGUUCGUGGGGCAGAUCCCCCGCCACCUGGAGGAGAAGGACCUCAAGCCCCUCUUCGAGCAGUUCGGCAAGAUCUACGAGCUCACCGUGCUCAAGGACCGCUACACCGGCAUGCACAAGGGUUGUGCGUUUCUCACAUACUGUGCCAGAGAUUCAGCCAUCAAAGCCCAGACCGCGCUACACGAACAGAAGACUUUGCCAGGGAUGGCCCGUCCAAUCCAGGUGAAGCCGGCGGACAGCGAGAGCCGUGGAGGUAGGGACAGGAAGCUGUUUGUGGGGAUGCUAAAUAAGCAGCAGUCUGAGGAUGACGUGCUCCGGCUCUUUGAACCGUUUGGGGUCAUUGACGAAUGUACCGUGCUCCGGGGACCUGAUGGCAACAGUAAAGGCUGUGCUUUUGUAAAGUUCUCGUCUCACACAGAGGCUCAAGCAGCAAUCCACGCUCUGCACGGCAGCCAGACGAUGCCUGGGGCCUCCUCCAGUCUAGUCGUGAAGUUUGCUGACACCGAUAAGGAGAGGACCCUACGUCGGAUGCAGCAAAUGGUGGGGCAGCUGGGGAUUUUCACUCCGUCUCUCACCUUGCCGUUCAGCCCGUACAGCGCGUACGCGCAGGCUCUGAUGCAGCAGCAGACGACGGUUCUCUCCACGUCUCAUGGCAGCUACUUAAGCCCAGGCGUCACCUUUUCCCCAUGCCAUAUCCAGCAGAUCGGCGCCGUCAGUCUAAACGGGCUACCAGCCACCCCUAUUGCACCCACCUCAGGGCUACACUCGCCUCCUCUCCUGGGCACAGCUGCAGUUCCGGGGCUGGUAGCGCCAAUCACAAACGGGUUCACCGGGGUGGUGCCUUUCCCGAGCGGCCAUCCCACCUUGGAGACGGUCUACGCCAACGGCCUCGUGCCCUACCCAGCUCAGAGCCCCUCGGUGGCAGAGACCUUGCACCCAGCCUUUACCGGGGUUCAGCAGUAUGCAGCCAUGUAUCCGACCACGACCAUCACCCCGAUAGCCCAGACCAUCCCCCAGCCGCAUCCCAUCCUGCAGCAGCAGCAGCGAGAAGGUCCCGAAGGCUGCAACCUCUUCAUCUACCACCUCCCUCAGGAGUUUGGAGACAACGAGCUGAUGCAAAUGUUCCUGCCCUUUGGCAACAUUAUCUCCUCCAAGGUGUUCAUGGACCGAGCCACCAACCAGAGCAAGUGCUUUGGUUUUGUGAGCUUUGACAACCCGUCCAGUGCCCAGACUGCCAUCCAGGCCAUGAACGGCUUCCAGGUCGGAAUGAAGAGGUUGAAGGUUCAGUUAAAACGACCCAAGGACGCCAGCCACCCCUACUGACAGUGUGUGAAGCCAGGAUUCAGUGCUGCAGCACAGGCAAAGGAACCGUCCAGAGGAAGAAGAACUUCUGCUUCAAGCUGAUUUCAGGAGAGGCCAGUAAAUUUAAGAACUCUUUUGACACCGCCCCUUUCCGUCCCACCCUGCCCCCCACCCCGAAAACGUGACGCUCCGAAGAGAAGAGACGCUUUGGAAGGCUUGACAUUGACCCAGCGGGAAGAGUCUUGUCACAACUGGCUACUGCCACCACCACCAUUACUGGGGGAGGAGGGGGCCAGAGAAGUAGACACUCAUGGGGACCAGGCUGCCUUCUGCUCGGGAUAGGUGUGGAGUGCCGUGGACUAAGAAAACUUAAUUGUUGCGUCUCUAGGUCACCACAGCAACUCACGGGAUUUUGGCUUUCACCCUUUCAUAUAUAAAUAUAAAUAUAUAUAUAAUAUAUAUAUAUAUAUAUAUACAGUCUUCUAUUUUUUUUAACGUAAAUCACAGGACCAAACUUUUCCAUUCAGAGACUCCCUCCUCCUCACCUCCAGAGGGGUUAGGAGCAAAAGGGUUACUGCUGGGACAGCACCUCCUCUACGGGGACUGCACAAGGGCCUGGACAUUGUCAGAGGACGUGGCCACGGGGAGAUCCUCUCUCCACUUGGUAUUAGCAAGCGGUGAGGAGAGAGCGAACUAUAUACCUCCAGGAAUGGGGUAAGGCCACCUCAAGAUUCACUCACCCAUCAACCUUAGCACCAGCUUGGUUAAGGCUGUUGAGAGCUCUCAGUCUUACUUCUUAGAGGGCUUCUGGAGACCAGGCUACGGGAAUUUGGCUCUGAAGCCCAUCGUGGGCACUCCUGGAAUGGGAAAUAAGGUACCUUUACCCUUCAUCCCCGGCAACAGCAGACCUUCCCCGUGCUCAGCAAAGAACCCUUGACUUUCAUCGUUCUCCAUGGCAACAGGGAAUUUUUCCCAACCUAUCAAAGGCGAGCGCUGUAAUCCUCCAGCAGAGAGAUGGAAGCCUGAAAUGGCCUACACGCUGCCUCCACGUUCCGGCUAGAACAUAGAGCUCUUUAUCAAGCGUUAGCAUUUCCAAACCAAACAUUCCAUUGGCGACGAUGUUUACUCCAGUUGAUGACCUCUUAUCCCCUCCGCAAGGCUUUUCAGAGCAGAUGCACGGAGGAUAACAUUGUAAAAGAGGUUGUUUUGUUUUUUUCAGCAUUCCUCCCCCUCCAAGGACAAAUUAUACAGUAUGCAGCAUAUAUAGAUAGAACUAUAGAUAUAGAUACACUUAAGCACAGAACCCAGGUCCGAGCUUGGUUAAUUGGAGCUCUCCUAAAGUAGGGAUCGUAUGGACAAGCAGCAUCCAUUUAACAACUUGAAAGAGUCCCUUUAAGGUUCUACCAAAAUAAGUUUAAGCAAAAGAAAAAAACAACUUCUGAACAACUAUUCCAGAGUUUGAUAAUGUGCGAAGAACAUUCCUGUGCGUGUCUGCGUGCGUUUGUGUGUGUCUGCGCGUGUUUAAACAACAUCAGCAGAGGGUUGGUGGGGAAAGACUGAUGUAGCAGUUUUAGAAGAGAGCGCUGAGGACUAAGUUUCUCUUGGGACCUUCAUAAUCUGUCGUCAUUCUCCAGAUACCCAUGUGCAGAUGUUGCCCAGGCUCUUUAAGAAGGUACAUUUGUGGCUCUUCACCAACCCUCGCUGUCUGAUUCUGAGAGCACAUGAGAGAGAGGAUGAAGUAUUGAAAGCUUGUGCGUUUCUAUCGUCCAUGUUUACUGAUUGUAAAUACCAUUUUUAUACUUAACAUCUAUUAUGUACGUGAUUUGUACGAUGUUCUUUAUUUCUGCUACAAGUGAUUUCAUGAAGUUUGAACUUUAAUCAAAUUUUGAACAAAAAAAGAAUAUUACCAACAAACAACAAAACGAAAAAAAAAAAAAAAAAUAAGGACUUUGGAAAUUUUAGGUUGAGCUGGUUUGAACUAAGUGUCUAAGAUCAGUUUCUUCCAUCACAGUUACCAAUGUGACCGAUCCGGUGUUGCAGGUGAGAUUCAAGCUAUGUCUUAAUGUCAAACUCCUCGCUCUGGUCUAAAGAAUCCGAAAUUUAUUUAAUAAAAGUUUUACUUGUUAAGUAA